AUGUCAAACAUAUUGCUGGCCGAGUACACGUUGAAGCGUGCACUUCGUGAAAACUCCGCAGAUCUGGUGCUCACCAGCUGCCCGCACGUAUUGUGCACUUCGCUACCGAAACACUGGAGAUCCAAUAAAUCUCUGCCGAACCAGUUUCGUGUGGUCUGUUUAUUGGAUGUGCCUGAUGGAACUCGCGUCUCAGUCACUGCAUGGAAUGAGGAACAUCCGAUUGCGGAACUGAAAAAUCACAUCACAGUCAUGCAUGCAAACGAAGGCCGAUUCAGUGACCUCCGAUUCCUGGGACGGAGUGGUCGGGGUAAAUCAUUCAACAUUACCAUAACAAUUGAGACAACGCCUCCUCUUGUGGCUAUUUACUCCCGAGCCAUCAAGGUUACCGUUGACGGACCGAGAGUUCCACGGAAUAAAUAUUCUUCUUUGCGGACCGCAAACAUACAUCGUGAAGCCAGGCGCAACGGGAUUCGGCAUCUUAAAGGAGUCGAUAAUCGACUGGUCAAAUGUUCACGUUCACACAAUGCUGACAAGAAACACGAACUCAACCGGAUUGUUUUGGGGAUGAGCUCAGCGAUUACGCGCCACCAAACGCGGCGGUACCGGGACCAGUUAGCAGCUGAACGCAUUCUCUUCCGAAACUCCGCAUUAGGUCCAGAAGAUACGGUUGGUAAAGCGGAGACACCUCAUCGACUUCCAAGUCAGAUGUGCCCCACCGAUCCGACGGUCAAAGGGUUGAACCUAAGUGUGCAACAGACACCAAGUGAAAAGCUUCCCUCCUCCAACGAGAAGUCAGUGCCAUUCCUAGGGGUCGAAACUGGCAGCAACGUUCAACUCUCCCUCAUCAACUCAACCUGUCUUCUGUCAUCCAUCAAUGAGGCGUACGCAAGGCUCUUGGCAAGACAAACGAAACACGAGACAGAUGUGACUUCCCGACAGCCGCAUUACGGAUUCCUUCCAACAUCAGUAAAUAUUCCGUCAGCAGCCCCGGUUAUUCCAGCAACCAUAUCAGACAUACCCGCAUUCGCGACGGAAAAUUAUACCAGAAUCAAUGAGAUGCCUGAAGAUUUGAAUAAAGCUCAUUUCAGCAAUGUUUCCUGCUUAAAUUUAAAGUGUAAUGAGUUGAAUCUCACGAAAGAUAUCCAGAUGCAAUCAGAGCUCAGCACUUGCUUGGAUACCCGUAUAAUUGAUCGGGUGGGUCUAUGUAAGCAAAAUCAACAGGUAAUCACGCAACUAAAUAGUAGCUUCCUAACAGAAAACGUGAGUGGACAGAUAAGUGACCCAACCACCCAUCCAACUGGGAACAUGUCAUUUAUCCCUCAAACUACAAGCUAUCUUUCAGCUCUACCUGUCAACUCCGAAGCUGCGGUUGCGGAGAAACAAAGCUUGCCUUACGCUGGUUAUUCGGCACUACAAUGUCUGGGUUCAUACAUCAAUAUGGGAACUUCGCCCUAUGAGCCCAUGUUGUACAACGCGUUGAAAAUGAUGCAGGUACAGAUGCAACAGCACUUGAAAGUAACCGACAAGGAAGAACCAGUCAAUAGGUAUCCGGCGGCAUCUGUUGAUUCGGCAAUGGAAGUAGAACGAAGCGGUGUACAGCCACUGAAUUUGACGCAGAACUCAACCCAGAUGAGGAAGAAUGAUUUAUGUCAAAAGCAAACAACAUCAGCUUUCGAGAGACCAACAACUAUACUCAGUAUCGAGAGGCUGCUGGAAGCCAAUGACCACGAACUCCAAAGCCCAAACCCUCGAAUGAACAAUGCGUCUUGUAGAUCCAAGUUGUGCAUCAGUCAGGCAAAUACCUUUAGUUCAUUUCUACCGCCAUAUGGACUCGGUCUACUUUUCGGGCCCCACAUGCUGACCGGAGCAACACGUUCACUCAGACACCCUAAAUAACCAUCAUCAGGAUACCCAGAAAGAAAAAUAUGCCGUAUUCAACCA